AUGCAGUCUUCUGGUGCUCCAGGCGCUGAAGAGAACCUGUAUGAUAAUCAGCAACACCUGUCAGGUCUGAAUUCCGCAAAGUCAGAGACGCUAAUUGGAACAGAAUUGACAGCUGAUCGUCUUCCCCCACCUCCCAGUUCAAAAAGUACGGAAGCAUCGGUGCACAGAGUGCAAGUACUUCCGCCACCACAGCAACCGCGAAGUGUGAGCUACCAAAAUACGGGUUUUUAUCAAAACAGUAUUCCAAGCGUUGGAGAUUAUUACCAGAAAUAUAACGGAUAUCUUGGAACAACCAGCAUCGAACAGCAAACAUCGAACGUACUGGCAAACGAUUAUGAUGGAGAAAUGGCGUACGUGGCAGAAGCUGGUAAUAUUGUUGAGCGCGACGCGGAAGCAUCAAAAAGGCUAAUCUAUUCGGUCUGUGAGGCAGAGCUCAGUGCGCCGUGUAAUGUGAUUUGUGGUACCGGCUUCUACAGCUAUAUUGCCCGAGCCAACCAGUUCUGUCUUGCUUCAGCACAUGAUGUGAGCUGCUAUGCGUUUGUACCAGCCUGCGAUUCCGAUUUCCCGAACGAACAAAAAGCUAGAAAGCGGAGCACAACGAAAUUCUGA